UCCGCCAUGGCCACCUCAACGCCGCCCCUGAAAGACAAGCUAGACAUCGUGAUACCGACCAUCCGAAAUCUCGACUUCCUAGAGAUGUGGAGACCCUUCCUCCAACCUUACCACCUCAUCAUCGUCCAAGACGGCGACCCUUCCAAGACCAUCAGAGUCCCCGAAGGCUACCACUAUGACCUCUACAACCGCAAUGACAUCAACCGCAUCCUCGGCCCCAGGGCCUCCUGCAUCUCCUUCAAGGACUCCGCCUGCCGCUGCUUCGGCUACAUGGUCUCCAAGAAGAAGUACAUCUUCACCAUCGACGACGACUGCUUCGUUGCAAGCGACCCUUCAGGUAAACCGAUCAACGCACUAGACCAACACAUCAAGAAUCUCUUGUGCCCGUCAACCCCACUCUUCUUCAACACGUUGUACGACCCCUUCAGGGAGGGAGCCGACUUCGUCCGGGGAUACCCUUUCAGCCUCAGAGAGGGGGUCCCCACCGCCGUCUCUCAUGGCCUCUGGCUCAACAUCCCCGACUACGACGCCCCCACGCAGCUCGUCAAGCCACGCGAGAGAAACACCAGGUAUGUGGAUGCAGUGAUGACGAUACCCAAGGGCACCCUCUUCCCCAUGUGCGGGAUGAAUCUGGGGUUCGACCGCGACCUCAUCGGGCCGGCCAUGUACUUCGGCCUCAUGGGAGACGGACAGCCCAUCGGCCGCUACGACGACAUGUGGGCUGGUUGGUGCAUCAAGGUGAUCUGUGAUCAUUUGGGAUUGGGAGUGAAGACAGGGCUGCCCUACAUUUGGCACAGUAAAGCGAGCAAUCCCUUUGUGAAUCUGAAAAAAGAGUACAAUGGGAUAUUCUGGCAAGAAGAGAUCAUCCCAUUCUUCCAGUCGGCCACGCUUUCAAAGGACUCGACUAGCGUGCAGAAGUGCUACAUCGAGCUAGCCAAACAGGUCAAGGAGAAGCUUGGCAAAAUCGACCCAUAUUUUGCCAAGCUUGCCGACGCAAUGGAGACGUGGAUUCAGGCAUGGGACGACCUCAAUCCGCCGACCAAGCUUGCUCCUACUGCUAAGCCUAAGUGA